CCUCAAACGGUUGAGCGAGUUUUACAAGGAUCUUCAAGAUCACAUGACAAAAGUUCACCCCCAUCAUCCGAAUUUCUAAAUCAGCAGCCUUCAAGAACAAAAUUUCCAAACAGGAUAAAGGUACAGUAUAUUUCAACCUACUUACUUUUUAUCAGGUGUUUUAUUUUUACAUCUAGUUUCACUUCGCAUGGCAAAAGCGUUCAUUCAAGGAAAAUGUUGUUUUUAAAGGACUGAUGUUUACUUAAUAAUAACCCUAGAAAAUUGAUAUCAGGGUAGCUUCGAUCGUGUAAAUCAAAUUCGAGAAUGACGUUGUGUUUGUAUAUGGCUUGGUUUACCUCUGGAUCGAUCAUUCAAAGGUUUGUUUUUGUGUCGUUUUAAAAUUAUUGUCAACUAAAAGAAAAAACAGACCGAAGGGCACUUAAAAUUGAGUUUUAACAUAUGUAUCGAUGUAUGUUGCUGCAACGAACUCGUUCGCCGCAAAUACUUCCUGCGCGAUCUCUUUAUUUCUUCCCACUAAUUCCCCGUUUGUUUAAAAAGUUACGAUCUCUGGUCGGCUGUUGUGGAAUUGUCGCAAAAAUGGAACGAUAAAAGACAGAGUGACUACUUCUUCAUAAUAUGGGCACGCAACCCUAAUAACCUGCAAACGAUUUGUUAGUUGUAAUUUAAGACCAUUAAUAUCCUGACCGCUGCAAAUUCACGGUUAAACCUUUAAACCACAAGUACUUAAGUCGCUCUAUUAGUUGAAGUUUGUUAAAAAACUUCUGGUAUGCUUUUGUUGCUUUCUCUGUGUAUGACCGGAAGCGGAAGUUCGUAAGAAUUGUCUCGCGUUUUCACUUCUUUUUUUUUUUACAGUAUAAAAAGCUCUUUUAUUAAGACCACCCAGUGAUGUUGGUGGUAUUAUUAAACGACGUUUUCAGAUAAGGUAAUAACUGAGGGUGACUUUUAACAAGUGCGCCCGGGCAGGAAUUCACGGCACUGUCUUUGUCCUUUUAACCUUGGGCGGGUGAAUGACGACUUCCGUGUCGAGUUUCCCUGUUGUUUCUAAGAAGGGAAGUUCAAGGAGUAUAAAACGGGAAGGGAAAAUUCCCGGGCAAAAGAAAACAAGAGGUUCACCCGCUUUUCGCCUCUCUUCUCCUUUCUCGUUUAUGCCUGUACAUGAAGACUUCAAUAACGAACCAUCAUGAGUGAAAAGCCAUUUUUUUUCACUUUAAAUAUGAGGUGCUGGGUGGAUGUAGAGACAGUAGUUGUAGCUGAAGACGUCUCCUAUUGCCGGAAAACGAGUUAUAGCCAAAGCCCUCUGCCUAUUCGGUCCUGUUACCCUUUUUGUGGCCAACUAACUGAGAGCCCAUUUGGAAUCUGGCUACGAGAUUGUCUGCACGUAAGUUAGUAUGUCACGCAAUUUAGGUCAUGUCACGCAAUUUCAGGUAAUUAGGCUUCCGGUGCGCAGAUGUCAACCUCGUCCCCAGGGCGCUUUUCCCUGGCUUUGGAGGACGAGGAUGUGCAGACGUGUGUAGAACUGAGAUCAUAAAUUAGAGAAAGUCAGGGAAAGUCAAAAAAGGGCAUAGAUGGAGACAACUGCACAUAAUUAAAACACUUUACCUUCGAGAAAUCAGACACAACGUCUCCCAGACAUUUUCUCAAUGAUUGGUGAUUACCGAAAUCGUCGUUACGUCAACUGUCUCUAAAACGGAGACCUUUGGGACCGGCAGUAAGUGUCCGUCUUACAGAGGUGUCCGUCUUAUAGAGGGUCAAAUAUAGGGAGUAAGAAAGGCAGGCACCAAUUCUGGGUGUCCGUUUUACACUCGGAUGGGGAGGGGGGUACUCAAAAAUUUUUAUACGGGGAGGCUCCACCUCGAGGUCCAACCCCUUACCCUUUUAUAUACCAUUUUUCACGAAAAAGGUACCCCUUUCGUAUACCUUCUAUUGACAAAUGGUACCCCUUUCACAUACCUUGUUUAGGACAUUGCAUCCCUUUCAACUGGUGUAAAUGCACUGUCAUUUAAAUAGGAAUCAAUCACAAGAAUAGAACGUUUUCUCGACUUUAUAAAGCAAUAAAAUUCAUCUGUUCGGUCCUUUGGGCCCUUUCACAGACCCAAAUGACAGAUUCUCCUACCCUUUCGUAUACUUCAACGAGUAAAAUCCCUACCCUUUUAUAUCAGGUCUCCGUCUUUUAGAGGUGAGAUUCGACGGUAUUCCUUAUUUUGAGUUGACUCGCUGGGGCUUUGUGCGGGAUGUAGUCUGUUCACUUCUGUAUUUCAUCUUAUGAUCUUUGUUGUGCUUUAUUCCCAACUAAGAUCCAAGAGGCCCGUAUAAACAUGACAGAAGAAAACCGCAACAUUGGUCUGGGCUUCUCUGGCGGAGGGAUUCGCUCGGCCGCAUUAAGUUCUGGGGUCUUGCGACGGCUACUUCAUCGCGGUGUGAAGGUGGAUUACAUCAGCUGUGUCUCUGGCGGGAAUUAUACCGCGGCUGCCUAUUUGGACUGGAAAUACCGGCAUGGCAAGCAAGAUGACCAUAAAUGGCAUAAAGAGUUUUUUGAGCACUUGCGCAGUAGGGUCGGGUACGUCUGCAACUGGGAAAGACCACUACAAGGCAUUCUGGACACUGUGCUACUCGUUUUGCUGCUCAUCACAGUAAAUCUUAUCAUCCCUUGCGUGUCAUACAGCUCCGGAGCUUUCACUGCCGCGUUCGUCAUCGAUUACGUGUUUGGCUCGAUCAUGCGCAAAGGGUUUGUAUGUGUAGACUUAUACAGAGGUGCUGCUAACGCGACAGAAAGACACUGCACUCUGGAAAUCUCCAUAAGCGACCCGAGAUUGAGACAACAGAGCUUGCUAUUCAUUUUAUUGCCCGUAACUUUCUUCGUCUGUCUCGCAGUCAAGCUGAGCGCUCCGUUGAGAUUACGCUCAAUCGCUCGUUUCCUCCAGAUCGUAACCGGUGUGACGUUUGCUUUCACGUUUGUACCAUGGUUGAUACAACAGUUUACUGAUGUUCUCCCGUACUGGCUCAAAGCCUCGGUCGUUGUUCUUAGCAUCUUCUUCUGGCUGGGUUUUCCGCCAUUACGGAAGAAAGCAUCGCUGGCUCUCGUGUUUUACUUUUACGCGUUUGUUAUCAAGUGGAGAGUUUACCAGACAAUCACCAUUGGUAUCCAAUAUAAUCCACAUCUUUUUUACACUUUGCUUUUGGUUUCAAGUUUAUUCAUCUGGAUGAGUCCUUAUCUUGGGAUGUUCAGCGUUACAUCCAUUUAUACCUACUACAAGUAAGUUGGAUCACUGAAUUUCCUUCUCAUGGCAUUUCCCUUCAGAACGGACCAUGAGAAAAUUAAGUAUGACUGAUUCCCUGCUCGUGUUGCUAGAUAGUUAAUCGCUCUACAAGUUUCUCAUUUCAAAGCUUAGUCCUCAAUCCGCAGAAAACAAAGGAAAUGAGACAGAGUAAUCGUAUCCUGAAAGAGAGAAAUUAGUUUUGUUUUUCUUUUUUUCUGUAAAAAUCGAGGAGUAAAAUGGUGAACCAUAAUCCAUGAGUUUGAAGCGAGAAUCACCUAUCUGUCACACUCCGAGUAUUGAGACUCGAACCAGAUCUUUCGGUCAUCUCAGUUUUCCACUCCUCUUUGUGUCAUAGGGAGGCUGGGGAGAGGGAAAAAGAAAGCACGCGACGGAGGAUGGGAAGAGGAUCGGAAAGAGAGGAAAAGCGAAGCCGAAGAAAGCCGCAAAAAAUAUCUCCUUUAGCAUUAAACAGCAAAUGACAGGUUUGUCUUCUUUUUCAGAUGGAGACUUCAGAAAGCGUUCUUUACCCAGCACAGUGUUGGUUCGAUGGGUUGCGGGGGAAUAAGUAUCCGCGACUUCUUUCCAGUUCUAUCUUGCUGUACUCAUCGGCAUGAUGCAUCCACGGACCCCUUGCUGAUGGCCGACCUUGAGCCGCUCACCCCAGAGUACAUCAGCAACGUAGCAGUCGAUUACUGGCGCAAAGAAUCGUCUUUGAAAGCACCCUCAUACGCCGUGAUGUCUCUAUCGCCAGAAGGAAACGAACGUAUCGACCAUCAGCCUGGAGAAGUUUGCGACGAGAUAAAGCUGUCGCCUGGCUGCGUGCAUCAAACUGAUGCCAUGGUAACGUCAGCUGCUGUGAUGGCCCUCAGUCCGGAACAGGCGGAGCCGUUCAGAGAUUUGCAGAUCAUGCUGGGGCUUACUAUCAGGAAAGGAUUCAGAAGUAAUCCUAACGAAACCAUGGGCUGUUCCCCGUGGCUAGCCAAGGUAUGAAGAACUCUAAAGAACAAAAUAUUUAGCCUUAUCAGUAGGCUCGAACAGCGGCUGGUAAUCGAGCACCCAGUUUCUUUCUUUUCUUUCCUUUUUAUUUCGUGUUUCUUCUUCCCAGAAGCCUUCGUUAUCUUCUCCCACUGGCUCGUUUCCAUUCGAGUGUACUGGAAACUUUUAUUCCGAACUGUUAUUCAGACACACAAAGAGAGAAUUAAGUAUGGUUUAUGUAGAAUCCAAAAGUCCUCGCAACAAAUAAAUAUUCCAUUGGAUGUAGCGAAAUUUUGACAAGGAGGCUUCAAUCCCCUUACAGACGACAAAAACGAGUUUGCCUCAACAAAAUAAUGUGAAACUGAGCAAUUUUCUCGCUGAACAUUACUACCCAUGCACAACUCCUCUAUUCACCCCGAUAGUUGCAUUCAUGCCUUGCACGUUAUGUUGCUAUCGCAGGUUCUUGCAGUUUUGAUUCAAAGUAUCGCAGCUUUUCCCGUGAUGUUCCUGGCCAUAAUUUCCCUGAGUGACGCGUGGAAAAUGAGAGACGAGGAAGGCUACGCUGUGGCCGUGUUUGUCACGUACUCCAUAAUAUUCAUCGCCAUAGCUCUUAUGCCAACUGGUGGUGAACCACCAUGGUUCUUUGACAAGUUUGUGAGGUAUGAAAUUGAAAUCGUCUAUCUAGUCCUUUUUUAAAGAAAAGACAGUGUCAGUUUAUAAGGUCGUAGGUCAUUUGCUAUACCCGGAAAAGAAUUAAGACAAACAAACAAAAAUAGACUUUUUUCUGUAUCUGGUGCUUGUGCUUGAAUCUUGACUUUAUUCCCAGCUUCUCUUUUCGUUCUUUCCCCUGGAGCGAAAGAUUAAUUAGCCUGCGAGCAAGCUUUCCAUUCCAGGGACUCUGAAGAAGUCACGCGUGAGCGACACGCAGAAAAGGACUCGAGAGCGUUCUUUAACCAGACGAUUGGAGAGUUCAUGUGCUCGCAGGCUAAAGAGGACGGCGGAGAGCGACUCGGAGGACGAGGUUGAAAAAACUGUCCAUAACAAAACACAGCCUUCAGAGAAACUUCUCUUCGUCCUUACUUUUGGUAAUAAGUUUGACUCUCUAAACGUCUACUCGCCAACGUUCCACGCCAAUGCACUCGCUGUGUACAGUCGACCCUCUCUUAACGAAAACCUCUAUUAGACGGAUACUUAGAGUUGGUCCCUGCCUUUCUUUACUCUCUUCAUUUGACUCUCUAUAAGACAAACUCUCUCUAAGACGGACACUUCCAGUUAGUGCCGGUCCCAAAGAUUUCCUUUUUAGCGAGAGAGUUGGCUGUAUAUUUAUGUUUUCUACCACUGUCAAGCUCGUUGCGCUUUGAGUACGUUCCCUUCGUAGGUGUAAACCAGCCCUAACUAUGACUUUCCGUCACCCAUGUUUUUUGCGUCGUAACGUCGCCUCUUCCUCAGUCCACUUUGGGGAAAAGCAAAAAAAUCCUUUUACUAAUUGUUUGUUUGCAUGUUCGGGUUUCCAUUCCUCUUUGCCUCAAUUUAUACUUCGCCUUUAGCGAGGCUAGUCUCUUAAAAGAGAACUUGUAUUAAACCAUUUACGUGUUAAGUCAUUAAUUCUUUUGUUUUGUUGGUAAUAGGUGGUGUCACGUUCACUUGUAUCACGUGCGAUUUUUACGCGAGGUCUUCCAAGUUAACAACGUCGGACCCAAUCCACCUGCGCUUUUAUCUCUAAGUGAUGCCGGGCGCCUAGAGAAAUAUGGUCUGCUCUCCCUGCUGAAGAAAAGGCUGAAAAAGAUACUCAUCGUUGACGGAAGCUUUAUUUCCAGUGACGCAGACUACUCCAAAUACCUCUUAAAAUCCAUGGAUCAGGCAAGGGAACAGUUACAUUGUGAGUUCGUUGGUUUGGGCGGCCGGGAUGUCAUAGGACAGAUGAAUAAAGAAUAUGUAAAAGUCCCUCGAGGACGACAGCCGAGGCAUUAUCGAUUUUUAGUUCGGUACUUCGACAAGAAACUUGAUGGUGGUUACUUCGAGGUUGGUACCGGUGAGAUAAUGAUCAUUGCUCCUCGUCACCCUGACAACGGGGUCACGCCUCCAGCAGACAUGGACACAACUUGGGUCCAGUACAACCACGACACAGGAGAGGAACUGGAUACAACAUUGUGGGGUCCAGGACCAGUUCUAGAGGCGCAGGAUGUUGACCGCCUAACUUUCUGUUGUUGCGAAUCUUGUCAUUCAAGCUCGACAAUUCUUCGCUGGAUUUCAGAUAAGCUGUGUGUGGGCUUCCCACAUACCUUGACAGUCAACCAGUUUUUUACAUCGUCGCUUUUUACAGCAUAUCACCGUGAAGGAUAUCGUGCUUGCGUGGAGUCCAGCGCUGAGGAGUUCUUGACCGGCAGUGAGGCAAUAAAUCUUACAGGCUUUGUUUAACUUAUUUACUCCAAGCAUCAGCAUGAAUAUUCUCCACACGGUUCAACAUGGGUUUCCUUUGGUACUGAUGAGGAGAAUAUCGAUUAAGAUCAAGACCUAUAAUCAUUUCCUUUAUUCUUUUUCACCUUCAUGUUUGAUACGACGGUGAUAUCAUAAACAAAUAUUUGAAAAAUGAGAUGAUGCUCACUAUUAGGCCUUACAGGAAUAGAUAAGCAUAAGACAAGGAAUUUUGAACGCCAGUGGCAGAAUAUUUGUAUAAUAAUGAUGAUGAUGAUGAUAAUGAUGAUGAUAAUAAUAAUAUAAUAGCCCGUGUUGAAAAACUUCCAAAUUUUGUUUCAGAAUCGCCAUUUAUGUUUUGUCUUCUUUAUUACCGUAAUUUUAAACUACGAAAAAGGGCCAUAGUUCUGUUUUUAUGGUGACGGUAUGGCACUACGGCGCGCUAAAAGUUAAACUCAAGCUAGCGCAUGCUCCCUGUGCCCAAGUACUGCUAGAACCUGGUUUGUAUAGGUGGUUUUCAUGCAAUCUCGGGAGACACAAAUAACAAUGGUGAAAUGAACAAAUGCUGGUGGACAAACAAAGCGAGCUAAUGAGCCAUCUUUUGUUUACCGUCCACCAGCAUGGCGGCGAUGACGUAACGUGAAAACCACUUAUUGAAAUCAGGAGGGAGUUGUAGGAUCAUGCGCGAUGUGACACCAACUACAACGACACUAAGCCAAUGGUGCAACCUAAAUAGUAAGCAUGUUCCCUUGGUUUCCCUCUCCGAAAUUCGGUACGAUCUGUAGGUUCUGCAUGAUCUAUAGGUUCAAGAGAAAAUGGACGCGCCCAAUUUAGCAACAUGUUUUUAUUUAGAAAGAGCCCGCGAAAUAAGAAAACUAGGGUCUCGUUAUCAGAGAACGAUCACGCUUUCAGUUGCUAUAUCGGCGCCAGUAGAAGGGAUUGUUUGAUCAAAAAUUAGCAUGUUAGUACAUACGUGUGGAUCUCCAUCCCCGCCAAAAUUCAAACUUGUUGUUCUCAGAUCUAAACCUUCAAUUCAAGACGGUUAAAUUGGUUGAAUUGCCAAAAUGAUUGUUUUAAUUCAAUAAUUGCAAAUUUAAAUUGAGAGCAAGAAUGUUUGAAUUGAAGGUUUGGAUCUAAGAACAACACGUUUGAAUUUUGGCGGGGAUGGAGAUCCAUACAUUACUACUGUAUAUUUGUUGUGUUCGAUUCGCACUCGUCACCAUUAUAUUGUUUCCAGUAAUACAGUGUAAAAGAUAGUAAUGUCGACGAUGGAUACACUCGUUUUUUAGAAUGCUUUCCUUUUGAUGAAUAAAGGAUUUGCGAAUUCUCUUAUUCAAAUACUUUCGCGACUCUUUAAUAUAUUGAAGCGAGCGCACUUAAUUUCGUUUGCUCCCUAAUCGCAAAAUGCUUCCCUUCUUUGUGAAAGGACAUCGAUAUCAGAAAAGUUUAGGUAGUUAUCGCUGUACUCAACCGCUAAGACGCGGAGUCAAAACAAAACCAUUGAGGCCUCACUAGCCAUAUUUGCAUGCGGACGACUUCCGUGUCCAGUUUCCCUGUUGUUUCUAGAAGGAAAGUCACGUGGUCACCUUUUGUUUUAUUUUCCUCGUGGCUUUUCCGUUCCCGUUUUAUACUGUUUGGUAUAAAAAGGGAACGGGAAAAAGCCCGGUUUCACUUUCGCGUGUUUCCCACUAUCCGAGAGCAGGGAACAGGCUAACGUAAUUCAGACUUUUUGAUUCGCCUUGCCGGCGCAACCGUGCCCUGGAAAAUGAGAGUAGCGCCUGAUCUUAGCUUAGCGCGGGACGAGUUAUCGGUAAGAUACGAGUGUAGAAAUUCAUGUAAAUUAAGUUCAUCAGUGGUUUAUUCAGGUUUGGUUCCAGUGCAUAGCAUUUGUAAUAAUUUUUAUACGUUUCCAAGCAUGUUAUGUCGCUUGUCAUCUGAAAGCUUCAAUAAGCUUCAAACUCUAGUGGUAAACUAUUCUUUUUUCAUUAUUUUCUUUUGCAUAUCAACGGCCUUUAGUCAUUGAACACGGAUUGAAUAACCGAUUGACUGAUAGACUUCGUGAAGUUGUGACUAUGUACAUUUUAGGUUGAGCGUUGUGUCAAGCAUUACUGUUUUCAUUGUAUCUUUGCCUGCGAAUAUAGCCUUCUCUCCUAGCUCUUCAUGUGUGAAUAGAAUCACUUAAUUCUCGCGAAGCGAGUUUAUAAUUUUGUCGAUUGCAAGCCGAGUUCGAUUUUGCUUUGGUCGUAAAUCUUUCUAUCGGUUUGGUAUCCGAAGUUGCCUAGCAACGAUGUCGCGACUAGAUUUUUGGUCUGAGAUUAUUUCGCGGUCGAAAGGAACGUGAAAUCCGACAAUGGAUUUGUAACCUUGGUAACUUUUCGCAAACGCAUGCAAUAUGCAUGAUAGCCUCUAAAGAAAAGACGUGUUUUCUACUGUUUGACAAAUUAUGCGAUUAUUCCGUGCAGAAUUUUGUGGUCGGCAGUUCCAAUAGCGACGAUGGCACAUAAACAGUUCAAGAAAGUAUUGCGUUAAAGUUGAAAAUUAUCUAAAGGUUGUCGGCUCAGUUUGAUCCAGUUUCGUAGCUCGGAUUUUUUAUGUAGCACGAUCGAGUGCCUAUCGAGUCUACAAGCGAGUUUAUAGAAAGGUAGCAGUUGAUUUGUCCUUCUUACGUGUUUGUGUUUCAGCACUCUUUAGCGACAAAUGGCUAGCACAUGGAUAUUUUACUGUACCAAGAACAAUCCUCCAGUGUUUUCAGACGUUUUACGGCAAAUGGCAACAACUAGGAAACUAUACUGGGAAUACUUAUACUGGAAAUACCGCUGGAUCAUCUGACUAAUUUCGAAUCCACUGUGAAUGGAACAGCGUAGAUCACUAAUCCGUUAAUCUGGAUUCGGAUUCUUCGGAUUUCAAAUUUAAUGAAUCCUUCUCCAGAUCAAAAAUCCGGAUUUGGAUUUGCCGAAAGGAACGCGAAAUCCGUUUUAAGAUCUAAAAUUCGCUCCAAUUGACGUCAUUCAGUCUAGGUGCAUUUUGAGGUUUCCAGGCAACACUUACAGCAAGGAGCCCUUUUGAUUUAUUCACAUUCUUUCGUGCAGACUUAAUCCAAUCAGAAGCUAGCUGGAAGCUGUCCUCGACUUCUGAUUGGUUAAUGUCUCCAUGAAAGAAUUUGAGUUAUUAAAGGUCACACUUGGGGGUUCCUUGCUGUAAGGAAGAAGAAAACGACAACAAGAAACCGUGGAGAAGAAAGGCGGAUAUGGUUAUUCAUUCUCUGUUGAAAAAAAAUGUUUAUUGAUACUGAAUCGUAACCGAUUCUCCUCAUGUAAAAUGUAGAAAGUUGCAAGCGGUACAACGCCGUCAGCAAGAGAAUUCGCCACAGUUUUGCGAGACACUUAAUAUCGCUUUGUCGGCCAUAUCAUCUUCAAAUGCGACGAAAUGAGUUAAAGUACUGUUUUUGCCAUCAAAACCAUGCUUAUUUUCCUCCACUACAUUUUUGAAUUCUUGAUAAAUACAGCUCUACGAGCUUCAAACAGCGUCUAUCGACAGAAUUUCAUGGGCAAAAACGUUAAAGAUAAUUCAUUCAAAAUAUACGUGCAACACUUGGUCUCGUAGCGCAAUGGUUAAGGUGAUGGCCUUACACGUUAAUUGUCCGGGUUUGGACUCCCGCCUGAGGAAACUUUUUAUUUUACUUUAUUUUUUGGUCGUUUUCGUAUUGUUUUCUUUUUUUGACACAUUUAACCUAUUGGCUGGUAUUACUUCCCCUCAUCACAGCUUCGCGAGGUGUUGCGAUAAACGAAUUUCUAGUUAAAUAUGAGUAUAAUGAUUUCUAUGUUGUUCAAUUAAGUUUCUACGCUCGUGAUAGAUCCGCAUGAAUUCCUUCGUUGACACUGGAACUAAAGGAGAUGAUACAGGAGACGAUUCGCAAAUGGUUACAACAUUGUUCCAACAUUGCAGCGCUGUGUUGCGCUAAAAAUCGUCUUUGCGAAUCGUCUCGUGUAACAUCGCCUUAAAAGGGCUUUCCGAAGUUCACCUACACAAUUUCGGUUGGUGUGAUGUUUUAGCGAUUUUGACCGAUCUAUGAUGUAGAUGUAGAUGUAAAGAUGUAGAGUAAGAAGGUGGUUCACAUAAAUCACACCUCCAAGGUAAACCCACAUGUUCGCCCGCACUUCCAAGCCAACAGCUCUUGUUAGUCUCAUGAUCUUUGUUGUGCUUUAUCCCCAACUAAGAUCCAAGAGGGCCGUAUAAACAUGCCAGAAGAAAACAGCAACAUUGGUCUGGCCUUCUCUGGCGGCGGGAUUCGCUCGGCCGCAUUAAGUUCUGGGGUCUUGCGACGGCUACUUCAUCGCGGUGUGAAGGUGGAUUACAUCAGCUGUGUCUCUGGCGGGAAUUAUACCGCGGCUGCCUAUUUGGACUGGAAAUACCGUUUGUCUGCACGUAAGUUAGUAUGUCACGCAAUUUAGGUCAUGUCACGCAAUUUCAGGUAAUUAGGCUUCCGGUGCGCAGAUGUCAACCUCGUCCCCAGGGCGCUUUUCCCUGGCUUUGGAGGACGAGGAUGUGCAGACGUGUGUAGAACUGAGAUCAUAAAUUAGAGAAAGUCAGGGAAAGUCAAAAAAGGGCAUAGAUGGAGACAACUGCACAUAAUUAAAACACUUUACCUUCGAGAAAUCAGACACAACGUCUCCCAGACAUUUUCUCAAUGAUUGGUGAUUACCGAAAUCGUCGUUACGUCAACUGUCUCUAAAACGGAGACCUUUGGGACCGGCAGUAAGUGUCCGUCUUACAGAGGUGUCCGUCUUAUAGAGGGUCAAAUAUAGGGAGUAAGAAAGGCAGGCACCAAUUCUGGGUGUCCGUUUUACACUCGGAUGGGGAGGGGGGUACUCAAAAAUUUUUAUACGGGGAGGCUCCACCUCGAGGUCCAACCCCUUACCCUUUUAUAUACCAUUUUUCACGAAAAAGGUACCCCUUUCGUAUACCUUCUAUUGACAAAUGGUACCCCUUUCACAUACCUUGUUUAGGACAUUGCAUCCCUUUCAACUGGUGUAAAUGCACUGUCAUUUAAAUAGGAAUCAAUCACAAGAAUAGAACGUUUUCUCGACUUUAUAAAGCAAUAAAAUUCAUCUGUUCGGUCCUUUGGGCCCUUUCACAGACCCAAAUGACAGAUUCUCCUACCCUUUCGUAUACUUCAACGAGUAAAAUCCCUACCCUUUUAUAUCAGGUCUCCGUCUUUUAGAGGUGAGAUUCGACGGUAUUCCUUAUUUUGAGUUGACUCGCUGGGGCUUUGUGCGGGAUGUAGUCUGUUCACUUCUGUAUUUCAUCUUAUGAUCUUUGUUGUGCUUUAUUCCCAACUAAGAUCCAAGAGGCCCGUAUAAACAUGACAGAAGAAAACCGCAACAUUGGUCUGGGCUUCUCUGGCGGAGGGAUUCGCUCGGCCGCAUUAAGUUCUGGGGUCUUGCGACGGCUACUUCAUCGCGGUGUGAAGGUGGAUUACAUCAGCUGUGUCUCUGGCGGGAAUUAUACCGCGGCUGCCUAUUUGGACUGGAAAUACCGGCAUGGCAAGCAAGAUGACCAUAAAUGGCAUAAAGAGUUUUUUGAGCACUUGCGCAGUAGGGUCGGGUACGUCUGCAACUGGGAAAGACCACUACAAGGCAUUCUGGACACUGUGCUACUCGUUUUGCUGCUCAUCACAGUAAAUCUUAUCAUCCCUUGCGUGUCAUACAGCUCCGGAGCUUUCACUGCCGCGUUCGUCAUCGAUUACGUGUUUGGCUCGAUCAUGCGCAAAGGGUUUGUAUGUGUAGACUUAUACAGAGGUGCUGCUAACGCGACAGAAAGACACUGCACUCUGGAAAUCUCCAUAAGCGACCCGAGAUUGAGACAACAGAGCUUGCUAUUCAUUUUAUUGCCCGUAACUUUCUUCGUCUGUCUCGCAGUCAAGCUGAGCGCUCCGUUGAGAUUACGCUCAAUCGCUCGUUUCCUCCAGAUCGUAACCGGUGUGACGUUUGCUUUCACGUUUGUACCAUGGUUGAUACAACAGUUUACUGAUGUUCUCCCGUACUGGCUCAAAGCCUCGGUCGUUGUUCUUAGCAUCUUCUUCUGGCUGGGUUUUCCGCCAUUACGGAAGAAAGCAUCGCUGGCUCUCGUGUUUUACUUUUACGCGUUUGUUAUCAAGUGGAGAGUUUACCAGACAAUCACCAUUGGUAUCCAAUAUAAUCCACAUCUUUUUUACACUUUGCUUUUGGUUUCAAGUUUAUUCAUCUGGAUGAGUCCUUAUCUUGGGAUGUUCAGCGUUACAUCCAUUUAUACCUACUACAAGUAAGUUGGAUCACUGAAUUUCCUUCUCAUGGCAUUUCCCUUCAGAACGGACCAUGAGAAAAUUAAGUAUGACUGAUUCCCUGCUCGUGUUGCUAGAUAGUUAAUCGCUCUACAAGUUUCUCAUUUCAAAGCUUAGUCCUCAAUCCGCAGAAAACAAAGGAAAUGAGACAGAGUAAUCGUAUCCUGAAAGAGAGAAAUUAGUUUUGUUUUUCUUUUUUUCUGUAAAAAUCGAGGAGUAAAAUGGUGAACCAUAAUCCAUGAGUUUGAAGCGAGAAUCACCUAUCUGUCACACUCCGAGUAUUGAGACUCGAACCAGAUCUUUCGGUCAUCUCAGUUUUCCACUCCUCUUUGUGUCAUAGGGAGGCUGGGGAGAGGGAAAAAGAAAGCACGCGACGGAGGAUGGGAAGAGGAUCGGAAAGAGAGGAAAAGCGAAGCCGAAGAAAGCCGCAAAAAAUAUCUCCUUUAGCAUUAAACAGCAAAUGACAGGUUUGUCUUCUUUUUCAGAUGGAGACUUCAGAAAGCGUUCUUUACCCAGCACAGUGUUGGUUCGAUGGGUUGCGGGGGAAUAAGUAUCCGCGACUUCUUUCCAGUUCUAUCUUGCUGUACUCAUCGGCAUGAUGCAUCCACGGACCCCUUGCUGAUGGCCGACCUUGAGCCGCUCACCCCAGAGUACAUCAGCAACGUAGCAGUCGAUUACUGGCGCAAAGAAUCGUCUUUGAAAGCACCCUCAUACGCCGUGAUGUCUCUAUCGCCAGAAGGAAACGAACGUAUCGACCAUCAGCCUGGAGAAGUUUGCGACGAGAUAAAGCUGUCGCCUGGCUGCGUGCAUCAAACUGAUGCCAUGGUAACGUCAGCUGCUGUGAUGGCCCUCAGUCCGGAACAGGCGGAGCCGUUCAGAGAUUUGCAGAUCAUGCUGGGGCUUACUAUCAGGAAAGGAUUCAGAAGUAAUCCUAACGAAACCAUGGGCUGUUCCCCGUGGCUAGCCAAGGUAUGAAGAACUCUAAAGAACAAAAUAUUUAGCCUUAUCAGUAGGCUCGAACAGCGGCUGGUAAUCGAGCACCCAGUUUCUUUCUUUUCUUUCCUUUUUAUUUCGUGUUUCUUCUUCCCAGAAGCCUUCGUUAGCUUCUCCCACUGGCUCGUUUCCAUUCGAGUGUACUGGAAACUUUUAUUCCGAACUGUUAUUCAGACACACAAAGAGAGAAUUAAGUAUGGUUUAUGUAGAAUCCAAAAGUCCUCGCAACAAAUAAAUAUUCCAUUGGAUGUAGCGAAAUUUUGACAAGGAGGCUUCAAUCCCCUUACAGACGACAAAAACGAGUUUGCCUCAACAAAAUAAUGUGAAACUGAGCAAUUUUCUCGCUGAACAUUACUACCCACGCACAACUCCUCUAUUCACCCCGAUAGUUGCAUUCAUGCCUUGCACGUUAUGUUGCUAUCGCAGGUUCUUGCAGUUUUGAUUCAAAGCAUCGCAGCUUUUCCCGUGAUGUUCCUGGCCAUAAUUUCCCUGAGUGACGAGUGGAAAAUGAGAGACGAGGAAGGCUACGCUGUGGCCGUGUUUGUCACGUACUUCAUAAUAUUCAUCGCCAUAGCUCUUAUGCCAACAGGUGGUGAACCACCAUGGUUCUUUGACAAGUUUGUGAGGUAUGAAAUUGAAAUCGUCUAUCCAGUCCUUUUUUAAAGAAAAGACAGUGUCAGUUUAUAAGGUCGUAGGUCAUUUGCUAUACCCGGGAAAGAAUUAAGACAAACAAACAAAAAUAGACUUUUUUCUGUAUCUGGCGCUUGUGCUUGAAUCUUGACUUUAUCCCCAGGUUCUGUUUUCGUUCUUUCCCCUGGAGCGAAAGAGUAAUUAGCCUGCGAGGAAGCUUUCUAUUACAAGGACUCUGGAGAAGUCACGCGUGAGCGACACGCAGAAAAGGACGCGAGAGCGUUCUUUAACCAGACGAUUGGAGAGUUCAUGUGCUCGCAGGCUAAAGAGGACGGCGGAGAGCGACUCGGAGGACGAGGUUGAAAAAACUGUCGAUAACAAAACACAGCCUUCAGAGAAACUUCUCUUCGUCCUUACUUUUGGUAAUAAGUUUGACUCUCUAAACGUCUACUCGCCAACGUUCCAUGCCAAUGCACUGGCUGUGUACAGUCGACCCUCUCUUAACGAAAACCUCUAUUAGACGGAUACUUAGAGUUGGUCCCUGCCUUUCUUUACUCCCUUCAUUUGACUCUCUAUAAGACAAACAUCUCUCUCCAUUCCUCUUUGCCUCAAUUUAUACUUCGCCUUUAGCGAGGCUAGUCUCUUAACCGAGAACUUGCAUUAAACAAUUUACGUGUUAAGUCAUUAAUUCUUUUGUUUUGUUGGUAAUAGGUGGUGUCACGUUCACUUGUAUCAUGUGCGAAUUUUACGCGAGGUCUUCCAAGUUAACAACGUCGGACCCAAUCCACCUGCGCUUUUAUCUCUAAGUGAUGCCGGGCGCCUAGAGAAAUAUGGUCUGCUCUCCCUGCUGAAGAAAAGGCUGAAAAAGAUACUCAUCGUUGACGGAAGCUUUAUUUCCAGUGACGCAGACUACUCCAAAUACCUCUUAAAAUCCAUGGAUCAGGCAAGGGAACAGUUACAUUGUGAGUUCGUUGGUUUGGGCGGCCGGGAUGUCAUAGGACAGAUGAAUAAAGAAUAUGUAAAAGUCCCUCGAGGACGACAGCCGAGGCAUUAUCGAUUUUUAGUUCGGUACUUCGACAAGAAACUUGAUGGUGGUUACUUCGAGGUUGGUACCGGUGAGAUAAUGAUCAUUGCUCCUCGUCACCCUGACAACGGGGUCACGCCUCCAGCAGACAUGGACACAACUUGGGUCCAGUACAACCACGACACAGGAGAGGAACUGGAUACAACAUUGUGGGGUCCAGGACCAGUUCUAGAGGCGCAGGAUGUUGACCGCCUAACUUUCUGUUGUUGCGAAUCUUGUCAUUCAAGCUCGACAAUUCUUCGCUGGAUUUCAGAUAAGCUGUGUGUGGGCUUCCCACAUACCUUGACAGUCAACCAGUUUUUUACAUCGUCGCUUUUUACAGCAUAUCACCGUGAAGGAUAUCGUGCUUGCGUGGAGUCCAGCGCUGAGGAGUUCUUGACCGGCAGUGAGGCAAUAAAUCUUACAGGCUUUGUUUAACUUAUUUACUCCAAGCAUCAGCAUGAAUAUUCUCCACACGGUUCAACAUGGGUUUCCUUUGGUACUGAUGAGGAGAAUAUCGAUUAAGAUCAAGACCUAUAAUCAUUUCCUUUAUUCUUUUUCACCUUCAUGUUUGAUACGACGGUGAUAUCAUAAACAAAUAUUUGAAAAAUGAGAUGAUGCUCACUAUUAGGCCUUACAGGAAUAGAUAAGCAUAAGACAAGGAAUUUUGAACGCCAGUGGCAGAAUAUUUGUAUAAUAAUGAUGAUGAUGAUGAUAAUGAUGAUGAUAAUAAUAAUAUAAUAGCCCGUGUUGAAAAACUUCCAAAUUUUGUUUCAGAAUCGCCAUUUAUGUUUUGUCUUCUUUAUUACCGUAAUUUUAAACUACGAAAAAGGGCCAUAGUUCUGUUUUUAUGGUGACGGUAUGGCACUACGGCGCGCUAAAAGUUAAACUCAAGCUAGCGCAUGCUCCCUGUGCCCAAGUACUGCUAGAACCUGGUUUGUAUAGGUGGUUUUCAUGCAAUCUCGGGAGACACAAAUAACAAUGGUGAAAUGAACAAAUGCUGGUGGACAAACAAAGCGAGCUAAUGAGCGAUCUUUUGUUUACCGUCCACCAGCAUGGCGGAGAUGACGUAACGUGAAAACCACUUAUUGAAAUCAGGAGGGAGUUGUAGGAUCAUGCGCGAUGUGACACCAACUACAACGACACUAAGCCAAUGGUGCAACCUAAAUAGUAAGCAUGUUCCCUUGGUUUCCCUCUCCGAAAUUCGGUACGAUCUGUAGGUUCUGCAUGAUCUAUAGGUUCAAGAGAAAAUGGACGCGCCCAAUUUAGCAACAUGUUUUUAUUUAGAAAGAGCCCGCGAAAUAAGAAAACUAGGGUCUCGUUAUCAGAGAACGAUCACGCUUUCAGUUGCUAUAUCGGCGCCAGUAGAAGGGAUUGUUUGAUCAAAAAUUAGCAUGUUAGUACAUACGUGUGGAUCUCCAUCCCCGCCAAAAUUCAAACUUGUUGUUCUCAGAUCUAAACCUUCAAUUCAAGACGGUUAAAUUGGUUGAAUUGCCAAAAUGAUUGUUUUAAUUCAAUAAUUGCAAAUUUAAAUUGAGAGCAAGAAUGUUUGAAUUGAAGGUUUGGAUCUAAGAACAACACGUUUGAAUUUUGGCGGGGAUGGAGAUCCAUACAUUACUACUGUAUAUUUGUUGUGUUCGAUUCUCACUCGUCACCAUUAUAUUGUUUCCAGUAAUACAGUGUAAAAGAUAGUAAUGUCGACGAUGGAUACACUCGUUUUUUAGAAUGCUUUCCCUUUGAUGAAUAAAGGGUUUGCGAAUUCUCUUAUUCAAAUACUCUCGCGACUCUUUAAUAUAUUGAAGCGAGCGCACUUAAUUUCGUUUGCUCCCUAAUCGCAAAAUGCUUCCCUUCUUUGUGAAAGGACAUCAGAAAAGUUUAGGUAGUUAUCGCUGUACUCAAUCGCUAAGACGCGGAGUCAAAACAAAACCAUUGAGGCCUCACUAGCCAUAUUUGCAUGCGGACGACUUCCGUGUCGAGUUUCCCUGUUGUUUCUAGAAGGGAAGUCACGUGGUCACCUUUUGUUUUAUUUUCCGCGGGGCUUUUCCGUUCCCGUUUUAUACUUUUUGGUAUAAAAAGGGAACGGGAAAAAGCCCCGUUUCACUUUCGCGUGUUUCCUCACUAUCUGAGAGCCGGGAACUGGCUAACGUAAUUCAGACUUUUUGAUUCGCCUUGCCGGCGCAACCGUGCCCUGGAAAAUGAGAGUAGCGCCUGAUCUUAGCUUAGCGCGGGACGAGUUACCGGUAAGAUACGAGUGUAGAAAUCCUUGUAAAUUAAGUUUAUCAGUGGUUUAUUCAGGUUUCGUUCCAGUGCAUAGCAUUUGUAAUAAUUUUUAUACGUUUCCAAGCAUGUUAUGUCGCUUGUCAUCUGAAAGCUUCAAUAAGCUUCAAACUAAACUAUGCUUUUUUCAUUAUUUUCUUUUGCAUAUCAACGGCCUUUAGUCAUUGAACACGGGUUGAAUAACCGAUUGACUGAUAGACUUCGUGCAGUUGUGACUGCAUACAUUUUAGGUUGAGCGUUGUGUCAAGCAUUACUGUUUUCAUUGUAUCUUUGCCUGCGAAUAUAGCCUUCUCUCCUAGCUCUUCAUCUGUGAAUAGAAUCACUUAAUUCUCGCGAAGCGAGUUUAUAAUUUUGUCGAUUACAAGCGGAGUUCGAUUUUGCUUUGGUCGUAAAUCUUUCUAUCGGAUUGGUAUCCGGAGUUGCCUAGCAACGAUGUCGCGACUAGGUUGUGUUCUUUCGGCGAUUCCAAAAAAGGAUUUUUGGUCUGAGAUUAUUUCGCGGUCGAAAGGAACGUGAAAUCCGACAAUGGAUUUGUAACCUUGGUAACUUUUCGCAAACGCGUGCAAUAUGCAUGAUAGCCUCUAAAGAAAAGACGUGUUUUCUACUGUUUGACAAAUUAUGCGAUUGUGCAGAAUUUUGUGGUCGGCAGUGCUAAUAGCGACGAUGGAACAUAAACAGUUCAAGAAAGAAUCGCGUUAAAGUUGAAAAUUAUCUAAAGGUUGUCGGCUCGGUUCCAGUUUCGUAGCUCGGAUUUUUUAUGUAACACGAUCGAGUGCCUAUCGAGUCUACAAGCGAGUUUAUAGAAAGGUAGCAGUUCAUUAGUUCCUCUUACGUGGCUGUGUUUCAGCAAUCUUAAGCGACAAAUGGCUAGUGCAUGGAUAUUUACUGUACCACUAUGAACAAUCUUCCAGUGUUUUCAGACGUUUUACGGCAAAUGGCGACAACUAGGAAACUCUACGGGAAUACUUAUACUGGAAAUACCGAUGGAUCAUCUGACUUAUUUCGAAUCCACUGUGAAUGGAACAGCGUAGAUCACUAAUCCGUUAAUCUGGAUUCGGAUUCUUCGGAUUUCAAAUUCCAUGAAUCCUUUUCAAAAAGGAUUCUCCAGAUCAAAAAUCCGGAUUUGGAUUUGCCGAAAGGAACGCGAAAUCCGUUUUAAGAUCUAAAAUCCGUUUUGGGAUUCACCGAAAGGAACACACCCUAGGCUCCAAUUGACGUCAUUCAGUCUAACGUCAAGUCUAGGUGCAUUUUGAGGUUUCCAGGCAACACUUACAGCAAGUGUUGUUGUUUUUUUUGACAUAUUUAACCUAUUGGCUGGUUUCAAUUUAUUCAUAUUACUUCCCCUCAUCACAGCUUCGCGAGGUGUUGCGAUAAACGAAUUUCUAGUUACUGCGCUUUUUACAAACAUGCGAACUCUAAAGUUCAAAAGCCGCCUUCACAAUUGUGUUUUUCGCUGCCGUCAAUCAUAAUUACGAUCGCAAGCAACGAACCUUGCAACACCGAAACACACAAAACGGAUCGAAAUCCACCAAUCACAAAUCACAAACCUUGACCUUUUGAACCUGUUAAAGUAAAGUUUUGUUUCCUAAGAGGUCCGUUAAGAUGAUUGACGGCAGCGAAAAACGAAAUCGUCAGUUGGCUUUUGAACUUUAGAAUUCGCAUGUUUGUGAAAAGCGCAGUAAAUAUGAGUAUAAUGAUUUCUAUGUUGUUCAAUUCAGUUCCUACGCCCGUGAUAGAUCCGCAUUAAUUCCUUUGUUGACACUGGAACUAAAGGUGAUGUUACACGAGACGAUUCGCAACGACGAUUUUUAGCGCAACACAGCGUUGCAAUAUUGUUGCGACAUUGUUUUGAAUGGUUACAACAUUAUUCCAACAUUGCAGCGCUGUGUUGCGCUAAAAAUCGUUGUUGCGAAUCGUCUCGUGUAACAUCGCUUUUAAAGGGCUUUCCGAAAUUCACCUACACAAUUACGGUUGGUGUGAUGUUUUAGCAAUUUUGACCGACCUAUGAUGUAGAUGUAGAUGUUAGUCUCAUGAUCUUUGUUGUGCUUUAUUCCCAACUAAGAUCCAAGAGGGCCGUGUAAACAUGACAGAAGAAAACCGCAACAUUGGUCUGGGAUUCUCUGGCGGAGGGAUUCGCUCGGCCGCAUUAAGUUCUGGGGUCUUGCGACGGCUACUUCAUCGCGGUGUGAAGGUGGAUUACAUCAGCUGUGUCUCUGGCGGGAAUUAUACCGCGGCUGCCUAUUUGGACUGGAAAUACCGGCAUGGCAAGCAAGAUGACCAUAUAUGGCAUAAAAAGUUUUUUGAGCACUUGCGCAGUAGGGUCGGGUACGUCUGCAACUGGGAAAGACCACUACAAGGCAUUCUGGACACUGUGCUACUCGUUUUGCUGCUCAUCACAGUAAAUCUUAUCAUCCCUUGCGUGUCGUACAGCUCCGGAGCUUUCACUGCCGCGUUCGUCAUCGAUAACGUUUUUGGCUCGAUCAUGCGCAAAGGGUUUGUAUGUGUCGCUAACGCGACAGAAAGACACUGCACCCUGAAAAUCUCCAUAAGUGACCCGAGAUUGAGACAACAGAGCUUGCUAUUCAUUUUAUUGCCCGUAACUUUCUUCGUCUGUCACGCAAUCAAGCUGAGCGCUCCGUUGAGAUUACGCUCAAUCGCUCGCUUCCUCCAGAUCAUAACCGGUGUGACGUUUGCUUUCACGUUUGUACCAUGGUUGAUACAACAGUUUACUGAUGUUCUCCCGUACUGGCUCAAAGCCUCGGUCGUUGUUCUUAGCAUCUUCUUCUGGCUGGGUUUUCCGCCAUUACGGAAGAAAGCAUCGCUGGCUCUCGUGUUUUACUUUUACGCGUUUGUUAUCAAGUGGAGAGUUUACCAGACAAGCACCAUUGGUAUCCAAUAUAAUCCACAUCUUUUUUACACUUUGCUUUUGGUUUCAAGUUUAUUCAUCUGGUUGAGUCCUUAUCUUGGGAUGUUCAGCGUUACAUCCAUUUAUACCUACUACAAGUAAGUUGGAUCACUGAACUCCUUCUCAUGGCAUUUCCCUUCAGAACGGACCAUGAGAAAAUUUAGUAUGACUGAUUCCCUGCUCGUGUUGCCAGAUAGUUAAUCGCUCUACAAGUUUCAGAUUUCAAAGCUCAGUCCUCAAUGCGCAGAAAACAAAGGAAAAGAGACAGAGUAAUCGUAUCCUGAAAGAGAGAAGUUUUUUUCUGUGAAAAUCGAGGAGUAAAAGGGUGAACCAUAAGCCAUGAGUUUGAAGCGAGAAUCUCCCAUGUGUCACACUCCGAGUAUUGAGACUCGAACCAGAUCUUUCGGUCAUCUCAGUUUUCCACUCCUCUUUGUGUCAUAGGGAGGCUGGGGAGAGGGAAAAAAGAAAGCACGCGAGGGACGAUGGGAAGGGGAUCGGAAAGAGAGAAAAAGCGAGGCCGAAGAAAGCCGCAAAAAAUAUCCCCUUUAGCAUUAAACAGCAAAUAACAGGUUUGUCUUCUUUUCAGAUGGAGACUUCAGAAAGCGUUCUUUACCCAGCACAGUGUUGGUUCGAUGGGUUGCAGGGGAAUAAGUAUCCUUGACUUCUUUCCAGUUCUAUCUUGCUGUACUCAUCAGCAUGAUGCAUCCAAGGACCCCUUGCUGAUGGCCGACCUUGAGCCGCUUACCCCAGAGUACAUCAGCAACGUAGCAGUCGAUUACUGGUGCAAAGAAUCGUCUUUGAAAGCACCCUCAUACGCCGUGAUGUCUCUAUCGCCAAAAAGAAUCGAACGAAUCGACCAUGAACCGGGAAAAAGCAACGAGAUAAAGCUGUCACCUGGCUGCGUGCAUCAAACUGAUGCCAUGGUAACGUCAGCUGCUGUGAUGGCCCUCAGUCUGGAACAGGAGGAGCCGUUCAGAGAUUUGCAGAUCAUGCUGGGCCUCACUAUCAGGAAAGGAUUCAGAAGUAAUCCUAACGAAACAAUGGGCUGUUCCCCGUGGCAAGCUAAGGUAUGACGAACUCUAAAGAACAAAAUAUUUAGCCUUAUCAGUAGGCUCGAUUUCCGCUGCUCUCUUACUCCUCCCCGAGAAGAUACGGCUGUUCUAGAGCGUAGCACGGGCUCACUUCCCGAACAGCGGCUGGUAAUCGAGCACCCAGUUUCUUUCUUUUCUUCCCUUUGUUUAUUUCGUGUUUCUUCUUCCCAGAAGCCUUCGUUCGCUUCUCCCACUGGCUCGUUUCCUUUCGAGUAAUUGGAAACUUUUAUUCCGAACUGUUAUUCAGACACACAAAGAGAGAAUUAAGUAUGGUUUAUGUAGAAUCCAAAAGUUCUCGCAACAAAUAAAUAUUCCAUUGGAUGUAGCGGAUUUUUGACAAGGAGGCUCCAAUCCCCUUACAGACGACAAAAACGCGUUUGCCUUAACAAGAUAAUGUGAAACUGAGCAAUUUGCUCGCUGAACAUUGCUACCCAUGCACAGCUCUUCUUUUCACCCCGAUAGUUGUAUUCAUUCCCAUUGAGAUGCCUUGCACGUUAUGUUGCUAUUGUAGGUUCUUACAGUUUUGAUUCAAACCAUCGCGGCUUUUCCCUUGAUGUUCCUGGCCAUUAUUUCCCUGAGUGACGAGUGGGACAUGAAAGAAGAGGAAGGCUACGCUGUGGCCGUGUUUGUCACGUACUUCAUAAUAUUCAUCGCCAUAGCUCUUAUGCCAACUGGUGGUGAACCACCAUGGUUCUUUGACAAGUUUGUGAGGUAUGAAAUUGAAAUCGUCUAUCCAGUCCUUUUUUAAAGAAAAGACAGUAUCAGUUUAUUAGGUCUUAGGUCCUUUGCUAUACCCGGGAAAGAAUUAAGACAUGAACAAACAAAAAUAGCAUUUUUUUCUGUGUCUGGUGCUUGAGCUUGAGUCUUGACUUUAUUCCCAAUGCACUGGCUGUGUUGACUCUCUCUUAACGGAAACCUCUAUUAGAGUGACACCUCGGUAAAACGGACACCUAGAGUUGGUCCCUGCCUUUCUUUACUCGCUCAUCUCCGGGGUAGUAUAGCUGACGUAAAACAAAGAAAACAAAACAUCCUUAACAAUGAACCUAACCCUGACAAUAGUCCAUAAAACAAAGGAAACGAAUAAAUUAUAUUAGUAAAAUCCAACUAGUGGUCUAGCAUCAAUUCUGCGUUCUGAUUGGUUGAGCUACUACUAGACUAUAUGUUAUAGCCGGCUUUUUGGCGGCAAAAAAGGAUUAAAGUCUAGCUUUAACUAGCUAAAGUUGUUUUGUCGCGAUAUUUUCUGAUUAACUAGUUGGAUUUUACUAAAACAAUUAUUCCUCUCGCCCUCAUGGCCUGAGUCAAUAGCCCAUUCGGCCUUCGGCCUCGUGGGCUAUUGACUCAGAGCCCAUUCGGGCUCGAGGAAUAAUUGUUAAUUUCACCGGGAUGACCCCUUUACUCCCUUUAUUUGACCCUCUGUAAGACGGACAUCUCUUUGCCUGCGUGCAGACGUCUGCUAUUUCCUUUGCAACAAAGGAGAUAGGAUACGUCUGCACGCAGGCAAGACAUCUCUCUAAAAACGGACACUUACUGCCGGUCCCAAAGGUCUCCGUUUUAAAACAGAGAGUUGGCUGUAUAUGUUUGCUAUCACUGUCAAGCUCGUUGCGCUUUGAGUACGUUCCCUUCGUACGUGUAAACCAGCCCUAACUAUGACUUUCCGUCACCUAUGUUUUUGCGUCAUAACAUCGCUUUUUCUUCAAUCCACUUUGGGGAAAAGAAAAUACUAUUGCUAAUUGUUUCUUUGCAUGUUCGGGUUUCCAUUCCUCUUUGCUUCAAAUUAUACUUCGCCUGUAGCGGGGCUAGCCUCUUUAUGGAGAACUCGUAUUAAACCAUUUACGUGUUUUUGUGUUGUUGGUAAUAGGUGGUGUCACGUUCACUUAUAUCACGUGCGAUUUUUACGCGAGGUCUUCCAAGUUAACAACGUCGGACCCAAUCCACCUGCUGUUUUAUCUCUAAGUGAUGCCGGGCGCCUAGAGAAAUAUGGUCUGCUUCCGCUGCUGAAGAAAAGGCUGAAAAAGAUACUCAUCGUUGACGGAAGCUUUAUUUCAAGUGACGCAGACUACUCGAAAUGGCUCUUAAAAUCCAUGGAUCAGGCGAGGGAACAGUUAAAUUGUGAGUUCGUUGGUUUGGACGGCCGAGAUGUCAUAGGACAGAUGAGUAAAGAAUAUGUAAAAGUCCCUCGAGGACGACAGCCGAGGCAUUAUCGAUUUUUAGUUCGGUACUUCGACGAGAAGCUUGAUGGUGGUUACUCCGAGGUUGGUACCGGUGAGAUAAUGAUCAUUGCUCCUCGUCACCCUGACAACGUGGUCACGCCUCCAGCAGACAUGGACAGAACUUGGGCCCAGUACACCCAAGACACAGGAGAGGAACUGGAUACAACAUUGUGGGGUCCAGGACCAGUUCUAGAGGCGCAGGAUGUUGACCGCCUAACUUUCUGUUGUUGCGAAUCUUGUCAUUCAAGCUCGAAAAUUCUUCGCUGGAUUUCAGAUAAGCUCUGUGUGGGCUUCCCACAUACCUCGACAGUCAACCAGUUUUUUACAUCGUCGCUUUUUACAGCAUAUCACCGUGAAGGAUAUCGCGCUUGCGUGGAGUCCGGCGCUGAGGAGUUCUUGGUCGGCAGUGAGCUGAGUGAGGCAAUAAAUCUUACAGGCUCUGUUUAA